UUUGUGGUUACUUUCGGAAAAGCAAAGAAAGUAUUAGUGAUUUGUAUUAUUCAAUGGCCAAGGCUUAUCGAAAAGAGGAUUUUGACUACCUAAUGGCAAAAAUUGAAAAAGCUGAUUCGAGAGUGAAAAAAUAUCUACAAGAAGCUGGAUAUGAAAAGUGGAGUAGGUGUUAUUCACCGAUAAACAGAGGUCGGAUGAUGACUUCGAAUAUUGCUGAGUGUAUUAAUGGGUGUUUGGUGGAGGCCAGAAAAUUGCCAAUAAAUGGAUUCUUAGAAGAGGCGCGAAUUUUAUUUGGAUCUUGGAACUGUAAAAGCAGUGAGAUAGCUUCAUAUACAAGUACUACGUUGGGACGUAGAUUUGAUGAAAUCUUAACUCUUAAUGGUAAGAAAGCGUUGAGGAUGACGGUUAAGGCGUCUUCACCGUAUAUAUAUUCAGUUUAUAAAUCUGGACGAAGAUACAUUAUCGACCUUGAAAGUGAGUCAUGCAGUCGUUGGAGGUUCCAAAUAGACCAAAUACCUUGUGCUCACGCUAUUUCCAUAUUGAAAUCUAAACAUGUAAAGAAAUUUGGUCCAUAUUGUUCUGAAUACUGCAAACCAGCUACUUUGGUGAAGACUUAUGAAGUUUCAAUCAUUUCCAUGCCAGAUAGGACAGACUGGAAUGUUCCUAAUAGUGUAGCUGAGCAAGAAGUGUUGCCCCCGAUAUUUAAAAGGCUUCCAGGAAGGCCGAAGAAAGGGCGGAAGAAAAAAUCUAGCGAAACACUUUCAUCAAGCACAAAUCGUUGCGGACGUUGUGGACAUGAAGGACACAAUAGGCGUUCCUGCAAUUUUUUCCCAAAAGAGAAUUAA